UGUAUGUAAUCUGUUGCUUCUUUCUUUCUUGUUCUAAGUUACAGAUAGCCAAGGCCCAAGGACAAGACUUUGUCCUGUUUCUGAAUCUCCUGAAGACACAAAAGAAAGCUAUUUAGUGGAGGAUUUAAAGAUUACGGGGGAAAACAAAAUGGGGAGUGCCAUUCUGAUGCUAGAGCUCUUUUUAUGCCUCACUGUCUAUGCAGCAAGUGAAGAAUUCGAAUUCUCGUCUUCAAAAUCCAGUUCGCACAGGAGAGUGAUAGAUGUAAAGGGAGGCCCAGAGUCACUAGUGUGGGUGGUUCAGCUUUCUGAUCUUCAUUUCAGUGUCCACCAUCCUGACAGAGCACUUGACUUCAAGAACUUUGUGGGGCCUGCUCUCUCCAUGAUCAACCCUUCUCUGGUCCUCAUCACCGGUGAUCUCACAGAUGGAAAAAGCAAGGAUUUGUUGACAAUGAAGCAAAAUGAGGAGGAGUGGGUGGAAUACCAGAACAUGAUGGCAGAUGUGAUAAAAAGGAGUAGACUUGACAGGAGUAUCUUCUUUGAUCUUAGAGGGAAUCACGAUAACUUUGGCGUACCGGUGCUUGGUGGUUCCUUUGAUUUCUUUUCAAAGUAUAGCAUCAAUGGGCAGUUGGGCAGAACUGGGAAUGUCAAUAGUGUCACACUUCAGACUGGUGAGCGGAAGCAUCUGUUUGUUGGAGUAGAUAGCACAAUGUCUGUUGGUCUACGAGGUCCCACUAAUCUUUUUGGGCAUCCAACUGAUCAACUAUUAGCAGAACUGGAUAUGGAGCUCUCACAGUGGGAUUCUCAAUCAGAAAAACCAUUAAGCAAGAUUUCCUUUGGGCAUUUUCCUCUUUCAUUCUCAGCAACCUCAUACUCUGGGAAGAGCCUAAAAGAUAUCUUCCUCAAUCAUUCCAUAUCGGCUUAUAUAUGUGGGCAUCUCCAUACACGGUUUGGUAAAAACUUGAAGCGGCAUCAUCAGUUGAGUCGUCAUUUUUUAUCGUUGCAGAAAUUUUUCCAGCCAAAUGUACACCAAUUAUCUUUUCAUGGUACUGCUAAUUGUUCAAUUGAAGCCCCAGCGGCUAGAGAAUUCUGGGAGUGGGAGAUGGGUGACUGGAGGAAGAGCAGAGCCAUGAGAAUUUUGGCCAUUGAUAGAGGUCAUGUUUCGUAUGUUGACAUUGACUUCAUGUCAGGCACCAAAAAGACUAUCAUAUUGCCAACUUUUCCCCUGGAUUCACGGUUCAUGUCAACAUCUUCAUCCCAUCAUAAGUAUGAAUGUCAUGCUGUGGUAUCUUACGAGACAGUAAGAGCCCUGGUAUUUUCUGUUUCUCCAAUUGUGUCGGUUAUGACUAGGAUCUAUGACUCAAGACCUGGAUAUCUCAAUCUGGUAUUUGAGGCACCCAUGAGAAAGCUCGUGGAUAACACCUCCAGGGGAGAUCUUUAUGUUGCUCCAUGGAAUUAUAGAGCCUUUGAGGAUCCAAUUCCUAAUAGAUAUUGGCUGCAAAUAGAAGCAACUGACUUCAUGGGCAGAUCGACUUCAACUGAUUUAAGGCCGUUUUCUGUUAAUGGUCUUAGUACUAUGCUCUCAUGGACAUGGAAGGAGUUUAUGGUCAUGGGUUGUCAAUGGGCUGCUUUGUAUUACCCAAUGUUCUGGUGUGCUGUGUACUUUAUACUCUCCAUUCUCCUUAUUCCAAAAGCUCUCCUCAUUUUCUCAAUUAGGCAUUUCACUUACAAGAAUAAGGGCUUCCUAAAUGGCAUAGGAUUUGUUUUACAGGAGCUUAGCAGGGUUCCCUUCACAUGGUUUGGUUUUUUAGGAUACUUAUUCUACCUUAUAUUAUUCCCCUGGUUUAUUGGGAAAGUUUUCACGGACGACAAGGAUAAAGGAUACAUGACCUAUAUGGGGUGGGUAGUUAAAUCUUUCAAUCAAAAGGGAAAACAUGAAUAUGCCGGAUCUCCAGAUAUAAUGGUGGUUGUUCUUCCACAUCUCUUCUUUGUGGUUUUUCCUGCUAUUUUGCUGACUGGGGCUUUGGCUACUGAAAAACAGAUCUCCAGGGAAAACUUUCUCUCACUUACGGGGAAGAAAGAAGAUGACUAUGAUCAAGAGGAAAGGAGUUCUUUAUGGUAUGAUUACCAACGGAGUAGGAAAUCAAAUUCCUGUGUUGGAAACCGGUGGAUUCGAAAAGUUCUUUUGGUUCUUUGCUUGGCAGUUUGUUGGAAGCAUUUUAUGUACAUAUGUGAAUACUCAUCCAGACUUCUUAAGAUGAUGGAGGCAAGAAAUUGUUUGGAACCUUGCAACCACCAUUCUGAAACGUUACAAGGUCUCCAAACUAAAUUUUCUUUCCUCUGUCAUCCUGGGAACCGUAUUGGAGAAAUGACUACUAGAAUUGCAGGGCUCUCAUCAAAGCAUAUGAGAUGAAUCCCAUUCUCAAUUUUCCAGGAUAUAGCCUCACAAUUCCACUACUGUUGGCUUAUACUGUCUACAAAACCAGAAGUAUAUAAUACUAUGCACAUUGCAGAGUGCAAAAUUGGGCUCACAUUUCUUCAAGUUGUAUCAACAUUCCUUGUUGCUGAAUAGAACGCAUUUCAUGCAGGCUUGAGUUCACAUGAACAAACAAAACAACAGGAAGAAGUGAUGCUUUGAGGUCUGCUAUGGCAGAUAAUAUUUGAAGUGGGUUUGGAUUUGGUGAUGAAUUGGUUGUGUUGCAUUUAAGAAGGCAAGGCGACUCCUAAGAUUAAGAAAUUGAUGUUGGGAGAGGAGGCAGCCCUAGUCCCCUAGCAUGUUAAUUGCAACAAGUGGCUGUAGGCUGUACCCCUAAUGUGCUGUGGCUCAAUUUAGAAAACUGAAGUAAGGAAGUUGUGUUUGUUGUGUAAUACAAUAUGGCUCUAUGCAGUUGUAGAAGACUUGCAGUCUUUGCAUCCAUUUUGUCAAUUUAAACUGGAACUUUUAUGAUAGUUAUUUUAAAAGCGUAGUAUGAUUUAUUUGAAAUACAGAAAGUGGAGAGGAGGCUGAAAUCGGUUUGCCGACAAUAUGCUGCAGCAAUUCCGUGGUUGUUUGGUAUCAUCUCGUGUUGAUAUUCCCAGCCUAACCUAGUGAAGUCUGAUGGUUCACUUGUGUGCCACUCUGAAAAACCCAAGAAAUCCAAAUCCAUCUCAUCUCAGCCACUAAAAAUUAAGCUCCAGGAA